CAUAGCUAAAUAGAGAGGAUGGAUAACCGGCCAUUGGCGUCAAUCUAUUUAUUUGAAACGACUUGAUACACCUCAAUCCUUAAUAUAAAGUUCCAAUUAUAGAGCAAGCAGACAAUGUUAAAAACCUCAAAAAUAGCAAUACGUAUGUGUAUAUAUAAAACCACAGACAUAAACACAAACACAACAAACAAGUAUUAACAAUACAAAAAAUAUAUAUAUCUAAAACAUCUAGAAAGAAAGAAACAAAAAAAUAUGAAAAAUAUUUCAAUCUUUCUAUUUGUUUUUACACUUUGCAUGAUCGACAAUGCAUAUGGUGCCAAUUUAUUGAAAGGGGAGAAGACAACACUAUAUUUCAGGAACGGCCUUAGUUACAAGAAAUGGCUCAAGGUACAUUGUAAAUCAGGGAACGACGAUAUGGGUGUCCACUAUCUGAAACCUGGUGCAAGCGAUUACACAUUCAGUUUCCACGACAACGUUUUGGGGGGUACGCUUAUCUGGUGUACCCUGAGCAAAGGACCUGAUUAUAAGGUCUCUUCUAGGUUUGACGCCUAUAAACAGAACAAGGAUAAGCCUCACGGAAAGUCAUAUAACUAUCUUGCUAAAGAUGAUGGCAUCUAUCACAGUAAUCUUGUGGAAUUUAAACUUCACAAGAAGUUUGACUGGAAAUAGAGAUCACAAACUAAAUCUCCCCUGUUAUCAGAUGUUUUCAAUAUAUGUACUUAUUUUUUUUUUUUGAUCAAACUAAUAUAUGUACUUAUAUAUUAACACCAUUUAUUUGUUAUAUUUGUAAAAACCAGUGAUAUACUUGUAAAUAUAUCAAUGAUAUACUUGGAAAAAUUGUUCUUAUUUGUUUCACUGUAUUUAAAAUUUAUAAAUUAAACUUUGGUGUUAUUCAGUAUAUAUUUUCUAAAAGUUAAAUUUUUCUAUCGUUUCUUCGUUAGAUCGUGACGCGAAAUGAUCUGAAAACCCUUAACAAGCCAAUUUAGCAUAUGCGAACUAAAUCAAUCUCCAAACACUUAACAUACAAUUCCGACCCAGAUUUAUUAAUAAGCUCUAAGUUACAUGCAAUGAAUACUAUUUAUAAAUUUAAAAUAUAGUCACGUAUACGCAUGUGGUAGUCUUUUUUACCGUUUUCAGAUUCUUUUAAGAGAAGUUUAAUAAUAACGACAAUAAAUAAACCCAAAAAAAACACAUAAGAAAGUAGA